AUGGAAAUCGCCACUCUUGCCAAAGAGCUCAAGGCCAACUUGAAGCAAUUCCCCAACUUUCCCUCAGAAGGUAUUCUUUUUGAGGAUUUCUUGCCUAUUUUCACCAAGCCAGACUUGUUCAACAAGUUGGUGAAGGCCUUCAAGUUGCAUGUUGGUGACAAAAAGGUCGACUAUGUUGUUGGUUUGGAAAGCAGAGGCUUCUUGUUUGGUCCAGCUUUGGCAUUGGCCUUGAAUGCUGGUUUUGUUCCUGUCAGAAAGCCCGGUAAGUUGCCUGGUCCUACUUACUCUGUUGAAUUCCAGAAGGAAUACGGUUCUGACAAGUUUGAAAUUCAACAAGAUGUUUUGCCUGCUGGCUCCAAGGUUUUGGUGGUGGACGACAUUUUAGCUACUGGUGGAAGUGCCUUUGCUGCCGGCGAAUUGGUGACCAAGAGCGGCGCUGAAAUCGUCGAGUACUUGUUCGUCAUGGAGUUGGAUUUCUUGAAGGGAAGAGACAAGUUAGGCAAGCCUGUGUUCACUUUGUUGAGCGGUCAAGAAGAGAAGCUUAAGUAG